GGUGACCAUAGGCACCGCACUGCCGUCUGUUCUCACCCACAAUUCCUCUGAGCAGGAACCGGCUAAUUUGUGUCAUCGAGGCAGAGAGAGGGGGAUCCCGAGGACAGGAGUGGAGGAUCCAGCAGAACAAAGCGGAAUAAUUGGUGCAUUUGCGGCACACAGAACUGGAAAAUUGGAUUGUAUUUAUCUUUUCUCGAUCUUUUAGACUCUACUUCCCGCUUCGUCCUGUUGCGUUGCAAGCCCUCAUUGUGGCCGGAGUGAUCUCCUCCUUUUGUGUGGCUCUGCAGUUGUUUAUUCACACUCCCAACUUCUGCCUCCUGUUUCUGCAAAUAGGAGGUUUCGUUUCUAUUUUUCUCGUAUCUGCCUAAACGGAAUGAAUGACAAAAACAAAGGAGGUUGAUGUCCACAACUCUCCGACUCACCUCGUCUUCGCCUCGCCCAAGGAACGAAGACUCCAUCUCCGGCAGAAGAUGGAAAGCGGAGGCGGGACGGAGUGCUCGGAUAGCGGCCAGGCGCAGCACGCGGUGCCCGGUCAGCAGCCCGAAUCUGCGGACCUUUCUGCCGUGCUGUCCGCUCACACUCCAGGCCAGAAGAAGAAGAUCAACCGGGCCCCAUCUCCGGCGAGACCGAAGGAUGUACCCGGGUGGUCGCUCACGAAGAUCCGAGGAGGGAUUGGGACCCCGACCCUGAGUGUCAAGCCAGGAGCCAUUCAUCUGGGUAGCCGCAUAUCCAGGCGCAGCCCCGUGGGAAGUCUUGCUGGGAAGGACGGCAAAGGGGAGAAGAGUGGUGGCGGAAAACCCGCCGGCAAAUCCUCCCUCUCUGGUGGCAUGUCCUCCAAGGGCUCGGCGUCCAAGGCCAUCAAAAGCACCGUAGCGCGGAGGAAGGUGUCCGACGCCAGCAUAGGAUCCGAUGAUUUAUCCAAGGAUUCUGGAUGCGCCCCGGGGAAGCUCUCCCCAACCGACAGCAGCUCCGAGCUGUCGGACUGCGCCUCUGAGGAAAACAAGCUGUCCACGGACGCUGUGAGCAGCGACGCCGAGUCGAGGAGUAGCAGGGGCGGCGGGCCGGAGUUAGAGAAGCCGCUCAGGGAUGGCGCGUUGGCGGACAGAACCAGCCAACAAGCUGCUGCUGCUGCUGCUAAGACCACCUGCUCCUCCGGAGAGAAGGACCGGCUCUCCACCGGUAUCGAGACGGGAGAAGGGAGCAUAUCCCCGGGCGAGGAGCGAUCGGUCACCUCAUUUGAUAGCCGGGUGCCCGCCAGCACAUCUCUGGCUUUCUCAGACCUCACAGAGGAGUUUAUGGACAGCAUGCACGAGGAGUUUGUCAGGGAAAUAGAAGAGCUGAGAUCUGAGAAUGAUUACCUCAAAGAUGAGAUGGAGGAAUUGAGAUCUGAGAUGCUGGAGAUGAGGGACAUGUACAUGGAGGAAGACGUUUACCAGUUGCAGGAACUGCGGCAACAGCUGGAGCAGGCAAACAAGACCUGCCGCAUCCUGCAGUACCGGCUGAGGAAGGCAGAACGACGCUCUAUCCGCGUGGCCCAAACAGGACAAGUGGAUGGAGAACUGAUACGAACACUAGAGCAGGAUGUAAAAGUGGCAAAGGACGUGUCCAUCCGUCUCCACAGCCAGCUGGACAGUGUGGAGAAGAAGAGGAGUCGUCUUGAGCAGGAGAAUGAGGAGCUGAGGGUCCGCCUGCAGGAUCUGGAGAUCGCUAAACAGGUCCUGCAGCAGGAGAUUGACAAGAACUCCCAGAAGAAACGAGGAGCACGACCCAACAACAAACCUGACAAAAAGCUCGCCGCACAGGAGGACAGUUCAGACCUGAAAUGUCAACUCCACUUUGCCAAAGAGGAAUCAGCCCUGAUGUGCAAGAAGCUGACCAAACUGGUGAAGGACAGCGAGGCCAUGAAGGAGGAGCUGGCCAAGUACAGGUCGCUCUACGGAGACAUCAACGCCUCCCUCACUGUGGAGGAGGUUGCUGACUCCCCCCACACCCGUGAGGCAGAAAUCAGAGUCCACCUAAAGCUGGUCGAGGAGGAGGCUAACCUACUGAGUCGACGCAUUGUGGAGCUGGAGGUGGAGAACAGGGGGCUACGGGCUGAGAUGGACGACAUGAAGGGCCCGCAAGAUGGUCCUCAAGAGCUCAGUGGUGUUGGCGGCGGUCUUGGGGCAGCGCUCGGCCUCACAGGAGGGGCCAUGGUGCUUGGCGGCGGGGCUUCAUCUGAAAACGUCAUGGAGCUCCAGAGACACCUGCAGUUUGUGGAGGAAGAGGCAGAGCUGCUGAGGAGGUCUCUCAUUGAGAUGGAGGAACAAAAUAAACUUCUGAUGAACGAGAUAAACCGCUAUAAAUCUGAGCUCCCGCCUCCUGCAUCCGCGCUGUCGUCCAACUCAUUAAUGUCGCUGACAGACGGGAUGCUCAACGACAGUCCGGUGCACACGUUACAGGAAGGGUCGGUGCUUAUCAGCACUGACACCCCGACUCAGGAGGAGGAGCUCCGACUGGCGACGCUUCAGAUUGGAGAACUAAGCGGGAAGGUGAAGAAGCUUCAGUAUGAGAAUCGCGUGCUUCUGUCCAACCUACAGCGCUGUGAUCUGGCUUCCUAUCACUCUCCCACCUCUUCAUCCUCCUCCUCUUCAUUAAGACUGGCUCUGGAGACGGAUGCAGAGGCUGGAGACUCAGCUGAGUGCCUCCCCAGCAGUCCACCGCAGCGCAAGGAGCCGGUAGGGGGUGAGAAUGACGCCCUUGAGAUUAAGGAACAGAAAAAGAAGAUUGAGGACAAUGCUGACGCCACAACAUCGCUGCCUGUGUGCCUGGGGCAGAAGGACCAUGAUGCCUUGCUAGCCAUGAGGGACCAGGCUCGCUUGGUUUCUACAGCUAUACAGCUCCUGACCUCCCCCGAGUCUAACUGCCUCUCUUCAUCCCCAUCCAUCUUUCACAAGGUCUGCAACAGUGAGGCAGCAGAGCCGUGUGAUCUGGAGAAACCGCAGCCUCACAGCCAGAUCUCAGGGCUGUCCGAUCUGGCCGACCGUCCUCUCGUUGGUGCUCUGACCAGCAGGCUUCAGGCCCUGCACAGCCAGCUUCAGUCCUUUGUGGAGAAAGUAGACAGCCUGGGUAGGACCCCAGCGGGUGGCAGGGACCUUGAGUUGGAAGGGGAGUCGCCUUGCACCUCCACCUCCUGCUCUGGAGACGGCCAGGAUCCACAGAACAGGGUGGAGGAGAAGCAGCCUGAUUUUAGGGACCAGUUGGAGCCAGAAGCAAAUGAUGAAACCGAGGAGAACAGCCAAUCAGACAGCAACGAGUUGCAAAAUCAGGAAACCAUCCAGCUGCAACAUGAGGAGAAGGAGACAGAUGGUGCAAAGCUCAGCGAUCUUCAGGUUCGGCUCUCAGAAGCGGAGGAGUCGGUUCGAGGAACUCAGGAGGAUCUGAAAAAAGAGAGGCAGGGUCAUAAAGAAAUUGCUGUUAAACUCACACAGCUCCAGGAGGAGCAUCAGAAAGCCAUGCUCCGACGAGACUUCCAGCUACAGAGUCUGGGUCUCCAGGCGCGGCUUCAGAAGAAGUUGUGGUGCCAGGAGAGGACUCUGCUGGUCCAGGAGUCGCAGCACCUCAAACAGGCCCUUUUACUGCUCAGCCUCAAACUACGCUGCUUCCUCAAACAGUGGAGGCUUGGCUGCAAGAAAGACACAGAGUGGAAGGAUGUCCUGGAGAUAAACAGCCUGAAAGAUCUCUACCUGCUACUGGAAGAGGAGAACCUGCCGAGCCCUACCCACCAGACUGACAAGAGAGCUCCUGCAGACGAACAGCCACUCAGCCCGACUAUAAAGUCGAGCGCUGUGAGCAGCACUUUGGCAGACCUAAAGGUCGCGCUGCAGGACCUAAGCGGAGAGUUGCGACAAGAGAGACAAGGCUCACAGGAACUCACUCAACAGUUCGCAAAGGCCAAGGCAUCAUGGGAAGUGGAGAGGACCGAACUAAAGAGCCUCAUAACACAGCUCGAGACCAAAGCCAGCAAAUCAGCAACAGCCAUGUCCUCCACUGACGCACUGGACCCUCCAGACCUAAAGGUGGCACUGAAGAGGGAACGCGAAGAACAUCAGCAUCUGCUGGCUGAAUCCUACGCAGCAGUGAUGGACCUAACUAAACAGCUCCAGAUCGGUGAGAGGAACUGGGGCAGAGAGAAGCUGGAGCUGCUGGAGAGAUUCAGCCAGGAGAGAGCUCAGUGGGAGCAGCGACUGAGAGAGGCAACUGCGCAGCAGGGGAAGUCAAAGCCACCGAGCGGUGAAUCGUCUCCGGACUCAGUCGUUGCUAACGGAACAGGGUCACCAAGCUCAUUGGUGAAAAGGAUCAAGUCCACGUUAGAGCUGGAGUGCUCGGAGGUCAACGGAACAGCCAAUCAGGGGGAGAAAAUACAGCUUGCUGCCCCGCCUCUUUUCAUUCCCUCUGAUCUGGGCGACAACACCAGAAAAAAUUGGACCUGCCUAACCAAUGAGACCCCUAAGAUCGUUGACACCUGUAAAACAUGGGAUGGUCCCAGCGGCUCCUGCAGUCAAGUAGGAUCACGGCUGGACUUGGAGCCUGUGCAGAGGAGCUACACUGCUCCAGACCGCACCGGCAUCCGGAUCUACUACAGCCCUCCCACCGUGAGACGCACUGAUCACUGGAGAAGGAACCAGGAGGCCGAAGAGCCAGAGCACACUCAGAAUGGGAGCUUCUUGCUGGAGGUGAAUGGCUCAGAUGCCGGCGUAGCUGCAGUGGAAACCCAGGACAUUCAGCGUCAACCUGCAUCCUCCUUUUCGUCCUCCUAUGAGCAGUGGCUGAGCUCCCUGUCCAACCAGCACAGGGAGCUGUUGGAGAGCAGAAGCAGCUGUAUUGCCAGAUCGAUGCCCAGCGUCAUCAGUAACACUGUUAGCGGCUCGGCUAACAAUGUGGUUGAUGGGAUGUCGCCCUCUUCUCCUUAUCACACCCUGGAGAUCGGAGAGAUUUCAGCCAAUUUAAGUGACGACAUGAAGGAAAUGACCAACUGUGUUCGACAGGCCAUUCGCUCUUCAUCUUUGGAGAGAAAAUCUGGCAAGGAACCUGGGAGUCAGGCAGUCGCUGUGUCCACCAGGUCCACACAGACUGCAACCCAAUACGUCAGCAUUGGUCUUCAAACCGAGAACCUUCCCAGCAGCAGAGGCACCGGGUUACAUUCCAAAGUCUGGUCUCCUCGUCCCUCUUCAGGAGCCACUUCCUCUUUGGCAUCCGCAAGAACUCGGCAGAUAUCCACAUCACUCGAUAAAGUUCACAGCCGCAUCGAGAGGCCGUGCUGCUCGCCCAAAUACGGAUCACCAAAACUACAACGCAGAGUGUCUUCUGGCUCUACCUCCAGACUGAAUGAGGCUUCCUCCUCCAGAGACCGCAGCCUAUGGAGCCUCCAGCAGAGACCCAUUGGUGGUGGUGGAGGCUCAGCCUGGGCUCGCUCUACCACCACCCGAGACAGCCCUGUCCUGAGCGGCCUCACUGAUGGCCUCUCCAGCCUAUUCAGUGUCGUGGAACACGCUGGGAGCACAGAGUCCCUGUGGAGAGGUGACGUAGGACCAAGCCAGACUGCCAGCCCAGCUCGGCACCUUCCUGCCGCAGGAAAACCCUCGGGGGUGGCGGUGUGUGGAUCAGACCCCAGUUCUCAGCGGUACGGUGGCGUGGUCCAGGAAUUCUUCAGGAAUGUCUGCAGCAGCCGUAGCCCUGGAGGAGCCCCCCUGUCUGGGGAAAGCGCCCAAAGAGAAUCUCUCGGCAACCUUGGAAGUUUGGGUGUCUUCAGCAGCGUUGAUGAGCCCAAGCCAGAGUGCGUGUCAAUGGCUGUUGGGGGACUUGGCACGCUGGCUGGGUUGGGUGGAGGCAACGACAGCGUGAACAGAAUCGUUAAUAAGAGGUUUAUGAGACAGACAGCUGGGGAGGAGAUGAUCAGCAUCAUGGGAGGAGGCAAGGAAACCGUGAGCAACGCCGUUGCUACUGGAUCAGGGACAGAGGAUGCACCCUGCGACUGCGCUGCCCAGUCUGCCUGCUUUGCCAGACCAUCAAGAGCAUCCACUCGUCACUGCAAGCACCGUCCACAAGAGUCUUUGCCUACAACAGAGGAGAAGGCAGACACCAACAACGAGUGACAACACUACUGCCGCACGCAUACGUACAGAAAGCAAACAACGAUUCUUCACAGACGCUACUGCCAUGAAAACACUCACUGUUGUCACAUCACACACCCCUAAAACCUGCCAUGUAGGCACACUGCCAAACGUAACACACACACUGAUAGCACACUGUAUAGGCUGCUGAAAAAAACCUACUGCCACAUGCGCAUAAAAGAAAUCACACAAACACACCGAGCAAUGCAUCAGUUGUCUUGGACUGUACCAUUCUAAUGCCAAGGACAGGGGGACUAAAACUCCUAAUCAGAUCUAAACAAUACAAGCUACCAGCAGAGCAGAAAAGACACAUGCUUUCAUACAUAACAGAACUAACAAUGACCUAAAGAGACGCUACAAAAUAAAACAAAGAUGUCAGGACUGGAGCUACUAAACACCCCAUCAGAUUUGCACAAUGACAGGUACUACAACAGAAUGGAAGAUCCAACUUGAUGACAUCAACCUGCCACCUUGCUGUUGAGCAAGCAGCCAUUAAGAUAUAAAAACAAUCAAGGUUAAGAAAAUAUGGAAUGAAAGUGCGAAUGUUUCUGUAGGAGACAUACAACCAUAGACAAGAUAUUCUUCACAGAGAUAUUCUGCAUAACUCUGAAACCAUCAGUCUCCGAGAUGCAAUCUGGUUAAGAGCUGUGAUUUCUCCAGAGAUGGUACCUGCAGAGACAGUUACUCACCGAACCUUGUCAUAAACACAUGAAAUUAUCCCGCUUAGAUUGAUUAGCACGGUAACAUUCCACCAAGUGUCUCCAACAUGGAUCUAAAAAAAUUCUGCAUCUGUUUCAAGUCGAGGACUCGUUUACAGCGUUUCCUUCCUAAAGGAAGAACUUAAAGACUGUUGGGCUGCAUAUCUCAGCAUGACUGCACUUAUUGCUAGAAACUUCUUGCUAUAAGUGAUCUCAGAGACGACCUCCUACUAUUUUUUGUUUCUUAGCAAACCUAAGCAACAAAAAUACUCUUAGGCUUGGUUUCCAAAAGAACUUUGGCCACAAAUACCAAGAGAUUUUCUGGCAUUGUAGCCAUAAUUUAAACCUCAUAGAUUAGCGUAGGUUAUUCUCCACAGUCCAGUUGGGAAAUUAUCAUUUGGUUUGACUCUUUUUCCGCAGGCAAAAAAAGUGCCUGUUUGUUAUUAUCGAGAUCUACCUUCGCUGAUGUCAAGAUUCCUCCUUUAACCUUUCAGUGAUGGUAUGAUGAAGACAUGGUGUCCAGUCCCACAGCACACUUUCCCAACACAUUGCAGUUGGUUACACUAACUGGGGACCAUUCCAAAGUCUACGAGCAUGGCAUCAGAUAGAAAUGCUUUUUACACUUAUAUUCGGAGCUAAUAGGCCACAGACGGAGGCAAAACCAUCACAUUAAAUGCAUUCCAUUUUCCUAGCAAAGCAAAUUCAAUCCAUCCAUAUACUAACUGCUGGGUUUUGGAAGGAACCUUUCGAUAAAUCUUUAAAAACGUGAUAUUGAAGCAGCUUCAACAACAGACUAAAGAAUCAGUGAAACAGUGUAGCUGGGCUCAAACUGCUCACUGUCUUUUCUGCAUUCCGUUUUUUUAUUUGAGGUCAUGCUAGAUGUGUGUGGCUGUCAUGUUUUCUGGUUUAUUAGUUCAUAAAUCCCUUUCUGGUGAAGGGCAGAUGUUUUAAAGCCCCCUCAACCUCCUUUGCUCUCUGACACACGCCUGCAUUGCAUUGUAAGGCUGCACUGGUGACGCAGUGUAGAAACCCAUACACGUUUUUUAAAAAUGUAGCAUAAAUGCAGUUUUGUAAACAACAAACUAUCAG